GUCCUGUGUCAUUUCACAGUGACAGACAACCUCUGGAAUUUCAGGGUAGAAAGAAAGAAAAGCAAAUUUUGGGACACAGAGCGUAGCUGCAGCAGUGAAAAGAGUAUGACAGAGAUAUUUUUCCCUAGAGGAGAGUUUGACUUUGUGUUCUGGAAAUACAUGAAAUCCGGCGUGCCUUGUGAAAAACUGAGACUUGUUUCUGUCUAGGCAAUUUAAUGAGCGUCAGCCCUCUAGGAGGAACAGUCAGAACUACAGCACCAAAGUCAGCCUCGUGGGAAACAAGGCAUUACAGCUGCUCCACUGUGACAGACAUGCAGCCACUUAGUUUGGUCGGUGCUCUUUUUCUCCUGCUCCACAUCUCUGCUGGUAGCACAGAAGCCUAUAGGCACUACAGACAAGUCCUUACUGGAAACCAACCAGGUGUGUGUCGCUAUGGCAGGAGACUGGAGUGUUGCUAUGGCUGGAAGAAAAACAGUAAAGGGCAGUGUGAGGCCCAGUGUGAGCACGGGUGCAAGCAUGGAGAGUGUGUUGGCCCCAACAAAUGCAAGUGUUUUCCAGGAUACUCCGGAAAGACGUGUAAUCAAGACUUGAAUGAGUGUGGCCUGAAACCUCGUCCAUGUGAGCAUCGCUGCAUGAACACCUUUGGGAGUUACAAAUGUUACUGUCUCAACGGAUACACAUUAAUGCCUGAUGGAUCUUGUGCCAAUUCCAGGACCUGUGCACUCGCUCACUGUCAGUAUGGCUGUGAAGAGGUGCAGGGGGAGAUUCAUUGCCUCUGCCCAUCUGCAGGCCUGCAACUGGGGCAGGAUGGAAGAACUUGUGUAGAUAUUGAUGAGUGUGUAACUGGGAAGAACCUCUGCCCAUACAACAGACAAUGUGUGAACACCUUUGGCAGCUACUACUGCAAGUGCCAGGAGGGCUAUGAUCUGAAAUAUGUCAACGGCAAAUAUGACUGUGUAGACCUUGAUGAGUGUGCAGCUGGCACCCACAAGUGCAGCCACCACGCUGUCUGUGUGAACACUCAAGGAUCCUACAGGUGCAGGUGCAAGUCUGGCUUCAGAGGCAAUGGCUUUGAAUGCUCUGUUAAACCAUUUUAUCAGAGUUCGUGGGAUGGAGAAAAGGGCAGUGCAGAUGAUUCCCUGAAUGCCAUCCCAGACUCCCAAGUGAAGCCUAGGAUUCUGGGAGGUAAGCUGACUGACGAAGACAUCAAAAAUGUAAUCCUCGAACCAGUCGCAACGCCACCCCCCAAUAUCCCCCUGCAACCUUUCGACUAUGACGGAGAAGUCUACAUUGGCACCCAGACUGAGGAAAGGCAAGAGGAGAGAUUUCCUGAUGAAGAGGAGGAAGAGGAAGACAACCAGCUCAAUCCAAGAGGAGACGUUUUCAUAUCAGAGGACUUUGAGUCAGUGUUCGGCCCACCCACAGAAGUCAAAGAAAUCCAAACGGCACCAGUUCAAGAAGAGUAUUUCAUGGAUUGCAACUUUGACAAGGGGGCAUGUGAAUGGGUCCAAGACAAGUCUGAUGACAUGGACUGGAGUGUAGCAUACCACGACAAUGGUGCUGACUACUACAUGGCUUUGAGUGUAGUGGGUGAGCAAGAGGAUGUGGCCAAGUUGAAAUUGCUUCUCGGUGACCGGCCCCACUAUGGCAGCUUCUGCCUUACCUUUGACUACCGUGUGGUGGGCCCUGAUGUGGGUACACUCAGGGUACUCCUGGAUAACAAUGUUUACCCAGUAUGGGAGCAGAAUAAGAGCAGAGAGCAAAGGUGGCAGACUGAGUUCCUCACUGUGGCCUGGAAGGAAAAGGCCCCAGAGUCUAUUAUAUUUGAAGCUCAGCGUGGGAAAGGUCUUGGAGGUGAGAUUGCUGACACUGUUUUGCUGACAUCAGGAACCUGUCAAGAGGAUGCCAGUCCAGUCUUUUAAGAAUCACACCUCAGAUUGACAUUUCUGCCCUAAAUGGCAUACAGAUUCCUGUUUCCUGUCUAUGUUAUGGUGUGUUUCUCGUGGGGUUUUUUUUCCCAUCAUUCCCUUAUUGCAGACACACAGCUUACAGGGAACAAUACAUAUACCCAGUUGCUCAGAACUUCACAUCAUCACAAUGCUGCUACAAAGAAGCACCCUGCUACAUUUAUGUGUGAUUUUCAAAAUAAUCGUUAUGGUACAGAAAACUCAGAUCUCAGGAAAAGGUGAAAAUGCUAACUUUGUUAGUUUGGUUCAACAGUAUUGUGCUUUAACCUUUGUUGAGUAUGUAACAGUGCAUUGCUGAAGUUAAACAAAAUAAUCUACAAUAUGUAAUGUGAAUGCCUAGGUAAUUAUACCUAAAAUCUUGAAUGAAUAACUUUUUAGAAAGCUGUUUAGUUCAAAUGAUUUAAAAAAAAAAACUAUUCGGCAUAAAAAUUGUGUAAAAUUUGCUGUCUGUAUUAUUUUACCAUGUUAUUACGUUAAAUCGUUUUUUUUCUAACUCUGCCUAGUAUUUCUGUUUUCUAUGUACAGAUGCUAAGGCUGUCCAUCUGGAUGUUAAUCAUGAUUAUUUUACAGACAAUGCACUGUGCAAAGGUCUUAAACAACCCCCUCAUUUCUAAA